GGCAGGCUGGGAAGCGGCGCCAUAUUGGCGUCGGCUGCGCUGUAUUGUCACAAAUAGACCGGUUCUGUGGUGUUUUCACUGCUCGGUUGGGUGCCUCGGCUGUAGGAAGCGAGGAAGCGAGCGAGCGAGCGAGCGAGCCACAGCGAGCGGAGGAGAGCGGACGGGGGAGAAGAAGGAGCAAGGAGAGGACUCCGCAGUGAGAGACCCUCCCGGAGGAGGAGACGCAGGAAGCGAUGAAAGAGAUGUCUGCAAACACAGUGCUGGACAGCCAGCGUCAGCAGAAGCAUUAUGGAAUCACCUCUCCAAUUAGUCUGGCAUGUCCUAAAGAAAUCGAUCAUAUUUACACAGAGAAAUUAAUUGAUGCCAUGAAACCGUUUGGAGUAUUUGAAGACGAGGAAGAAUUGAACCACAGGCUGGUGGUUCUUGGUAAAUUGAACAAUUUAGUAAAAGAAUGGAUUUCUGAUGUCAGUGAGAGUAAGAAUCUCCCACCUUCAGUUGUGGCUACUGUUGGUGGUAAAAUUUUCACAUUUGGAUCCUAUAGGCUUGGAGUACACACCAAAGGUGCUGACAUUGAUGCACUUUGUGUAGCUCCGAGACACGUGGAGAGAUCAGAUUUUUUUCAGUCUUUUUUUGAAAAAUUGAAACAUCAAGAUGGAAUUAGAAACUUAAGGGCUGUAGAAGAUGCCUUUGUACCUGUUAUAAAAUUUGAAUUUGAUGGUAUUGAAAUCGAUCUAGUCUUUGCAAGACUGGCAAUACAGAGCAUAUCAGAUAACUUAGAUCUAAGAGAUGACUCUCGUCUGAGAAGCCUUGAUAUAAGGUGUAUUCGCAGCUUAAAUGGAUGUAGAGUUACUGAUGAAAUUUUGCACUUAGUGCCAAAUAAAGAAACUUUUAGACUCACCCUGAGAGCAGUCAAGUUAUGGGCAAAACGACGCGGUAUUUAUUCCAACAUGCUGGGAUUCCUUGGUGGUGUCUCCUGGGCAAUGCUGGUCGCAAGAACUUGCCAAUUAUAUCCAAAUGCAGCGGCUUCCACUUUAGUUCAUAAGUUCUUUUUAGUUUUUUCCAAGUGGGAAUGGCCAAACCCUGUGCUGCUGAAGCAACCAGAAGAAAGCAAUUUGAACCUGCCGGUCUGGGAUCCGCGGGUCAACCCGGCAGACAGGUACCAUCUCAUGCCCAUAAUCACCCCUGCCUACCCGCAACAGAACUCUACGUAUAAUGUGUCCACGUCAACGCGAACAGUGAUGGUGGAAGAAUUUAAACAAGGUCUCGCAGUCACAGAUGAAAUUCUCCAAGGGAAAUCAGAUUGGUCCAAACUACUUGAGCCACCAAAUUUUUUUCAAAAGUAUAGACAUUACAUAGUCUUGACUGCCAGUGCGUCAACAGAAGAAAACCAUCUAGAGUGGGUUGGAUUAGUAGAAUCUAAAAUCCGUGUCCUUGUUGGAAACUUAGAACGGAAUGAAUUUAUCACUCUUGCUCACGUCAAUCCCCAGUCAUUUCCGGGAAAUAAGGAACAUCAUAAAGACAACAACUACGUAUCAAUGUGGUUCCUUGGAAUAAUUUUUCGGAGAGUGGAGAAUGCAGAAAGUGUCAACAUAGACUUGACGUAUGAUAUCCAGUCAUUUACUGAUACAGUGUACAGACAGGCAAACAACAUAAAUAUGCUAAAGGAAGGCAUGAAGAUUGAAGCCACGCACGUCAAGAAGAAGCAGCUUCAUCACUACCUUCCAUCAGAGACCCUUCAGAAGAAGAAGAAGCAGAGUCUUUCUGAUGUCAGUCGGAGUUCAGGGGGACUUCAGUCCAAGAGACCAUCCCUGGAUGGGAGCUGCUUGGAUAGCUCCCGAGACACGGACAGCGGAACACCGCUCACCUCCCCAGUGUCUUCAGUCAAACCUUCCAAGCCCGACAGUCCUCCCAUGGGAGAGACAGAAAGGAGCAGUGCUGAGCCUGCUGCUGUGGUGGUGGGGAAGCCAUUGAGUGUCCCAGCAGCUCAAGGACUGUCUAUUCCAGUCAUCGGUGCGAAAGCCGACUCCACAGUAAAAGCCGUGUCGCCCCCAGCCGUGUGCACCAUUCCUACAGUGGUGGGGCGAAGCGUCAUUCCCAGAGUCACCACACCCCACAACCCUGCCCAAGGGCAGCCUCACCUGAACGGAAUGUCCAACGCAACUAAGAACGUUAUACCCAAGAGAUCCCAUUCCCCCUCCGUGGAUGGCUCUUCUAAGAGGUUGAAAGACAUAGAAAAGUUUAUUCGACUUGAAUCAACAUUUAAGGACGCUCGUGCUGCUGAAGACAGAAAGAGAAAAUCCGUGGACACCAUUAGAGGAGAGUCUAUGCCUAUUCCAACAAUUGAUACAUCACGCAAAAAGAGAUUACCCAGUAAAGAACUACCAGAUUCUUCAUCCCCAGUUCCAGCAAAUAACAUCCGUGUCAUCAAAAAUUCAAUCCGACUGACCCUUAAUCGGUAAAAGCAGCGCCUCCCCACUCUGGUGAAUAUGCAGUCAUUUAGGGGCAUAGAACCAGCCACUCUUUUUAAAUAGAAGCGGCUGUCACACAUCACCUGGUGAAAGCUGCAGUCGUCAGCCUCAUGACCUGGAAACGGGUGUGAACCCUUACACUUUGACCUGCAGAUGCUGUAGCGUUCUCUCACUGAUACCACGUACCCGUCUCUGAGGGCCGCCCGCCUGCUGUCAGAUCGUCGUCCACAGUAUUACGGCUUUGCGUUUGGAGGUUACUGCCUUAACUCAAUGCUUGCUUCUCUGUUAUGGGAACCAGUUCUUGGCCACUUGGACACUGAUAAAAGAAGUCCUGAACUCCUCGCUCGUUUUUUUUUUUUUUUUUUUAAGUCUUAUGUUGUAAUCAUUGUAUAGAGCUAAAAAAGUUAAAAAAAAAAAAAAUUGUCUUGUAAUUUUCCAAAUGUUAACACAUGUACUUUAGCAUUGAAGCCACUUUGCAAAACCUGAGAUGAAUGAAUGUGAGGUAUCUUUUCUGCUUUCCUCAUCCGUGUAGAUGUACUUAUUGUCUGUUCUGUCGAUUUAAAUUAUUUUUUUCCAGAUUGGCACAAAAGUGUUUAAACUUUCUCGGGUGUGUGCCUUUCUGUCCAGAUGUUGCGUAGUUAUCAGGGAGGUUAGUCCAGUGAUUAGGUACAAGAGUGGGGCACCAUGAAUUCUUUAUGCUUUGCCUCCCAUGGAGGCCUCUGAAAUGCAUCUUUAUUAAAAAUCAAAAUGUCACCAGGACACUGAGAGUCAGCGUGUAAACGGUGAGAUUGCCACGUGUCCUAUCUCAUGCCAUUCUUGCUAGUUGACUGGUAUUUUUUACUGAGAAGCAGCUCAUUCCAGCAUCAACAAUAAUAUAGCAUUAAGUAUGAGAAACUUGUAUUUUUGAGGUAUAAAAUUAACCUGGCAUGAAAAUUCCUUACCAUUACUCACCCACCACUUGACACCGUUUCUUCAGACUAGGCAUGCAGAGAUAAGCAGUGGGCUUUAUUGAAACCUAGAGGCGUUUUUGAAUGACAUUGUUACCAACCAUUAAUUGGCUCAGGACCUUUGUAAUUUUUAUUUAACUAUAUGAGUUGUCUUUUUUUACACUGCUUUUUUCAGUGCAUUUCUUAAUAUUUUUUAAGUUUCAUGACCGCAUGCUCAGUUUAUUAAAAUCCAUAACCAUGUAAUUCUUGUAAUGUUUGAGUGUUUUGUAAAUGAAGUCGUAUGUAUUUUCAGAGUAUUUUUGUAUGUACUGUAAGAUACCAUCUUUUCAAAGAGAAAACUUUAAAACCUU